GGCGCCCGUACCCGUCGGCAGAUGGGACGGAGGUAUGCGCGACGGCCAUUUUACGUGGAGAUUGUGGUGGAGAGAUCCUGUUCGCGUAAGCAGUAGUGUAGUGCGACGCGCGUGGGUUUUUUCCGCGGAUCCCGUACGUCGAGGCGUACGGGCGUGUUACACCGCAACGGGCUGUGCCUGCCUACGUCGCGCGAUGCGCUGAGGAAGUUUCGAGUUCAAACUCUCGAUUUGAUCGGGAUCUGUUCGUCGCGUGUUUAUUCGUUCGUUAGUGGCCAUCAUGUUCGCGUCGACGAAGUCCAAAGAAGUCGCGGAUGAGUACAUCUCAUCGCUGUCUGAUCUUACGAUUAACAGUAAGCCGCUUAUCAACAUGCUCACCAUGCUGGCCGAAGAUAACAUUGAACAUGCAUCAGCGAUAGUGCAAGCCGUCGAGACUCAUCUACAAAAGGUGAGAAGUGACAUCAAGUUACCGGUGCUCUAUCUCAUCGACUCGAUUGUCAAGAAUGUGAAUGGCGACUAUCUGAAUCUGUUCACGCAAAACAUAGUAAACACGUUCUGCGGGGUGUUUGAGAAGGUCGAUGAGAACACGAGAGCCAGCAUGUGGAAGCUACGGCAAACGUGGAACGAUGUAUUUCCACCAAAGAAAUUGUUUUCGUUAGAUGUACGGGUAAAUAGUAUCGAUCCUGCAUGGCCAGUCACUGCCCCAUCCGCUAGCAUCCCUUCAGGAUCCAUACAUGUCAACCCAAGGUUUCUUUCAAUGCCUCAACAAACCGCGACGUCAAUCGUUCCGCCCGUUAAAUUGCCACCAGGAGAACCGAUAACGACGUCAGAAGCAGCCAUGAGAGAGCAGCUGCUGAAGAAGCAACGAGAAUUGUUAGAAUUACAAAAGAAGAAAAUCGAGUUAGAGCUGUUGCAGGCUAAAGCGAGUUUAGAGCAACAGCAGAGGCAACUUGACAAACAAGCUGGAAGCUUGAAGCCAGAAGUGGCUGUGUCCACCGCAAAUGUUGCGCCAACUACGGAGACAACAACGCAGGCGAAACCUGUUACACCUGUAGUGCCAAAUCAAACUCCAAAACAAGUAGCGAAACAAUUCCCAGCGGCGGCGGCGUCGCUUUUAAAGAACGCAGGAGCAAACAGCGGUCCACGAAUCGCACCGGCUAGUAGUAUAGCAGUAGCGUCGGCUAAGCCAGUCUCGAGAGAUCCACGUUUGAAGCCCACUCCUGCUGUACAGGAUGUGGCAGGGCCAGCGGUAGAUCCACGACAACGACCGGGUACAGCCAGUCCUAAAGAAACGCGGAGCGAAGGUCAAGCGUUGCAAGUGGCGAAUACAAUUGUAACAUCAAACCAAUUAAAACAACUUUCGAAAUCGGCUGUAACUAUCAACAAGCCUCCGGCGAAUCCUGCCGGAUCUGAUAACACGACGUUAUUAAACGUUAUUAAUAACAAUAAUGCUGAUAAUAAUAGCAAUAAUAAAAAUUUCAAUAGUAAUCUAAAUAAAGAUGCUACCUCGCAUCGAGCAAGUCAAAGAAAAGACCUUAGAUUAAAUAGUAAUAGUAGUAACCUAAACAGUAACAACUCCAAGAACAGUCAGAAUUUAUCGGUUUGCAGUAAUAACUCGUCUUCAGUAUUAUCGCCGGGCAACCGGGGAAGUGGAGGCAGUGACGUCAACAAGUCGAAAGAUUCGAAGAGCUCGAACUCACGCGGCUCUUCCUCGUCUUUGGCUGACAAGUCUUCCACUUCCUCCAAGUCGUCGCAUAGGAAAUUAGGCAAUAAGUCGCGAUCUAAACAGCCUCAGUUGUGUCCGAGUAAGAUUCCGAAAGUCGACAGAGACUCGAGUCCGGUUAGGUCAAAAUCUCGUGAGAAAGACAGCGGAGACAGUUCACCGUCCUCACGUACCUCUCCACAAUCCUUCCAAGCCUCUAAGAGCCGCAAGAAGAACACGAAAUCCAGAAAGCGUAGUCCAAGCCCUCCGUAUAGAAUCCCCAGGCGUAACGAUGCGAAAUCGAGCACGAGUUUGAACAAUUUCGGCGGUGUCACUGAGGAGGAGCAAUCUGGUUCGCUCAUAGUAUCUCCUCCUCAUCCACCCGCAUUCAAAGAGAUCAGGCCGAACGCUAGGCAGAGAAAUUAUGUAAAACGAAAUAAAGACGGCAGUCUUAGUCCGGAACGCUCGCCAGCCAAUGCUGGAAAUACUCAAAUCGCUGCCGAGCCAACAUUGGAAUCUUCUAGCAAAGACGAAGAUCUCAGGGCACCACUGUCACUACCUGGAGCCGCCAUUUCCAUUCCCGAAAAGAAAGAAGAUUUAGAUCUACGAGUAUUACCGUCUGUUAACACUAACAAAAGACGCAGUGAGGAGUGUGUAGAGCCGCCCCCACCGAAGAAAACCAAGGCUGAGAAAUUUGACGCAUUAUUUGGUAACGAAGACGUGGAUUUGCGCACUCUGACGCAUCCUAAAGCCGGUCGACCUCCAACGCCUCCGCCACCCGUGAUUUCCGGGGAGGAUGGAAAAGACGGCUGGGCGAAAUUGAAGACGCCUACGAAGAACGACAGAGAUAAGCAAGUUAACAACACCGACGAUAAGCGCGAGAGGGACCGUAAUAGAGAUAGGCUGGGACGUCUCAGGCUCUACAACAAGCUCCCGGACGAUCCUAAGGAGAGAAGGAGAACGUUGUCGAAUGAGGAACAGGACACCAGGCAGGGACGCAGAGGCCGGGAGAAUGACAAGCCCGAGAGAAAUGACGAUAGAAAUAUCGAGAUAAUAAUGAAACAGGCCGCCGAGCAGUUGAAUCAGGGGUCUAUCACGAAGACGCAGUACAACACCUUGAUACAGGAGGUGUUGCACAUGAGCGAGGACCGGAAGCUGCGAGCCGCGCAGCGCAAGGAGAAGGAGACCGGCACUGUGAUUUGGGAGAAGGGCAUCAACAUGGACAUGUCCGGCCCCGGGGAUCGCGCCACGACGUUCAGCCCGUCCAACGACAAGGAGAUGAUGCGCGGCAAGGAUCAUCCGAUACCGCGAAAUCCGAACGGUCCGAGAUGGCAGAACCAGCCGUGGCAGCAACCGUGGGCGCAUCCGCCGGGUCCACCGUACGGCGGACCGCAGGGACACUUCAACUCGGACAUGAGACCCGUCGGUCCUUGGCAGAAUCCGCGACACUUCGGGCCGAUGCGACCGGACUAUCAGUAUCACAGCGGUUUCAAUCACAUGGGACCCAACCCGCGCCUAGGGCCCGGUAUGAUGGGCCCGAUGGGCCCGAACGGGCCGAUCAUGUCGAAUCUUUUGCCGAACGGCCCGAUGGGACCAAUGGGACCCAUGGCGAACUCACCCAUGGCGAUGGGAUGCCAUCCCGCGAUGAUGAUGAACAACGGACCAAUGAGUAAUCUUAUGUCGAACAUGCCGCCAAUGGCGUCCGGUAGAAACGUAUCGUCGAACGCGUCCUCUAAAUACGAUCUCGAGGACAACGAGAGUUAUGGAAAUGCGAUGAUGAAGAAUCCGGGCUCGCACAGCCGCGAAUUGCCGCCGCCGGAUUCGAAGCUGUUGACCGAGAUCGCGAGGGACACUAUGAAAUCCAUCAAUAUCGACAAUAUACCGCGGGAGAUUCGUUAUUACGGGCAAACCGGCGUGGUGUUUAUGAACUGGGACGAUCCACGGGAGAUCGGCUUCCAAGACGGCAUAAGAAGAAUAUUGAUUGACGAGAAGGAUACUAUAACUUGCGCAUUUAACGAUCAGUACAAGGAGUUCAUGUACGAGGGAGAAGUACAUAGAAUCAAACUGGGCGCGCCUACUCGAGAAUUGUACGUUGACGAUCGUUGGUACGAGUGUUACUUCGGCGGUAUGCCGAUAACAAUUGAACUCGGCGGUAAAAAGGUCAGCAUAAAACUGGAGGGUCCUCCGCCGCAAGUCAAGAUCGGCACAGUAAAGCGAACGGAUCUCGUGGUAGCGAAAAUUAAUCUCAUUAUUAACGCGCGCAAUAUGGUGCCGGUGUUUUUGGACGCGAAGCCACAGAUAUUCGAAAUCGAGGGAAAGCCUCAUACGUUAGAAUUUACGGACGCACUGCAGACGGUUCUUCUAAACGGACGACCGUUUAAAGUCGAAUUCGGGGGCUUACCUAAGCCUAUUAUUGUCAGAGACAAAAAGCAUUUUAUCAGGUUUUCAGUAUUGCCCAGAGGAGUGCGUGCUGGUCAUGUUAAAAUUGCUGGGAUGAGGGGCGAAGGCCCCAUUGAAUCGCCACCGCCAGCGACGCCCCUGAUAGCUCAGAAACCAAAGGUUGCAGACGCUGCUCCCGCGCCAAGCCAAUUGCCCACUGCAGAAAACGAAUCCACGUCGCAAGACGGUCUAGAUUUUACCUCCGCUUCAAAGCCAGACCUGCAAUUGGAUAUAUUAUCGUCAGUUCUACCGUCAGCGAUGGCGCCGUCAUCCGGCUUGUCGUAUCAAGCCGAACCCGUGGAAAACUCGCCCGCGCCAGCACCGACAUUGCCGUUGAAUAUGAGCGAAUUAUUCCAAAGAUUGGUCGAGACUGGUAUUGUUCCCAAUCUCACGGAACAAAAGAAACAGGAGGAGGAGGAAAAGAAAGAGCCCGAGAUUACUCCAGUCUCCUUCGACAAACCGGAAACGCUUAAGAUUAAACAACCAGCAAUUGCAACGGCGUUGUACAGUGGUAUGCAGUGCAGUUCUUGUGGCGCCAGAUUCGCGCCCGAGUUGGCUACUCGGUACAGCCACCAUUUGGAUUGGCACUUCAGGCAAAACAGGCGUGAACGAGACUCUGCGAGAAAAGCGCACUCUCGACCGUGGUAUUAUGACGUUAGCGAUUGGAUACAGUUCGAGGAGAUCGAAGAUUUGGAGGACAGAGCGCAAAGUUGGUUCGAGACCGAGAAACAGACGGCGGAAACGGAAGGGAUGGCCACCGAAGAUUCGCCUCAGGAAACGUUGCAGCCGAGCGUGCCGACUGGCAGCGACGAGGACUCGCGGUGCCAAGUAUGCCAUGACGCAUUCGAGCAGUUCUAUAACGAGGAGAAGGAGGAGUGGCAUUUGAGGCCGGCGGUCAAUUACGAGGGCAAGAAUUAUCAUCCGCUCUGUCUAGAGGACUACAAGGAAAAGAAUCUAGCGAGAGCGUUAGAAAAGUCAGCUUUGGCGCUCGAGGAGGUCGCAAAUUCGGAAAUCGAGGAAAAUAAGGUAGAAUGUCCGGAAAAAACGCCCGGAGAUGAGACUAAUAGUAAGCAGGAAGAGCCCGAUGUGAACAAAGAGGAGGAGCAGGCUGAGUCUGCGGAAAAUUUGAAUCAAGUAGAGGUGAACGUGCAGCAACUGUUAGACACUAUCGUUGCGUCGGACAAAAAGGAAGAGCCUGUUGACGCGGAGAAUUCCGAAGUCCCGAAGCAGGACAGUACGGAGGAGACGAAAGAGAACGUAGAGGGUGUCGACGAAGAGAGUACGGAACAGGUUGUGGAAGGCGACGCCGACAAAGACGCACCUACGAUAAAUAAGGAAGAAGAGGAAUCUCCGGGCGAAAAUCUAAAUGUACAGUUACCCUUCGAAAAUAUCAAGAUCAAAGAGGAGCCGCUGGAUGACAUUGACGAACAACCCGACACCGAGAUGUUCGAUUUCUCCAACGUGGAAGUCAAAGAGGAGCCCAUGGAACCUGAACCAGAUCCCGAGCAGAUGGUGAACGAGUCGGGCACGGUCGACACGACGUACGCCGCGGUGAAGAGCUCCAUCGACGGCAACGUGGAGUUGGACUCGACGCCGGCGGCCAUUCCCGCGGCGCCGUCGCGAAUUAAGAUCAAUAUCACGAAACCGCUGAACAUUAACAAAGAGCCCGAGGAGAGUAAAGAGAAGGACAAAGUGCCGGUUGAGACGCCCGUGGAGGAGAACGCGGAGCAGCCGUUAGUGGCGGCUUCGAUUAAGCCGAGUUUACAGGGUAGGAAGUUGUCGAAUUUACCUCCCGUGGAGAAGGGACAGGAACUGUCAGGACUCUGUUCUAUUAUGUAAAUAGUGUGUGUGUGUAAGAGAGAGAGAGAGAGUGUGUACAAAGUUUGAAAAUUAAGUCGCGUAUCCGCGCGACUCGGAAGUGUAUAAAGUGCCGGACACGGAAACGUGUUUAAACGUUUAGACGCGAAACACGGAUCUAUUAAUCUAGCUUAUUCACAUUUUGUACAACUUGUACGGCGUGAUAAAUGCGACUCUUUUAAGAAUACCCCGUGGAAAAUGUUUCUUCGUUGUAUCCAACGAUGCCGCUCGUCUCCGUAGAAUAUUCUCAUCUCUCUGUUCUCAUUUAAAUAUAUUUACGUGGUGAGUUUAGAUUAAUUUAUCUCAAGUAUAAAUUAAUUUAAAUUUACUAUUUGAAUCUUUCAUAUGCACGGUUAAUUCGAAAGCACGAAACUAAAAAAAAAAAAGCCCCCUAAGCCUCGUAUCGGAUUGAAUCACGUCGUACGAGUUUAAAGGAAAAAAAAAUUGUGUGUGUGUGAAAUGGAGUGUAAGUGUGCGAAUAUAUAUCUUAAGCGUUGACUCCUCGUUAACGGACGCGGGAAGAGAGAGUGACGCGGAAGAUAGAGCUGUAUAUAUAUUUUAUGUAAUUUAGGUAUGAUGUGUAGUAGCAGCAUUCCUGCGCGAGUGAAUGUAUUAAUUUGGCGACAAUGUUUUGUGAUAGAGAGAAAGAGUACCAUCACACGAAUUUACCGAUGAUUUACACUGAAUACUUGCAAAGUACCAUUUGCUAAAUGGUACUUAUUUAAGUUUGAUGAUAUUUUACGCUAAGAAAAGGAAAAAAAACUCCCAAGUACCAUUCGUGCUUGUGCGUAGGUUUGACGGUGAUUUGCACUCACCUGUAACGUGAAAUACUAUUUGUAUAAAAUGCGGCAGACUCUUCGAAAUGAACGAGUUUAUGGGGUGGGUGGGUAGGGAGGGAAGUGGUGCGGAAAGGGGCGAGUCAUUUCAAGGUGUACAAAUUAUGUGAUAUAUAUGGGUUAUCUACUUGUAAUAUAAACUAUCAACGGAAAAACAAUGACGACGAUUAAGAAAAAAUGACGAGGACUAUUACUACUGCAAGUUAGAUAUGCAUUAUUUUGUUGUAUAAAAAGAAGACUUGUUUAUUACAGGUUUGACUUUCUUUUUAAUUAACCUUUCUUACUAUAUCCUUUACGAUUAUAGCUUCGAAAAGCUGCUUAGGGUACGGACUUUGAAUUCAUGAACUAGGAAAUGCUUGGAAACAAUAAAGACAUUGAUAAAAAGUUCAUGGUUUUUUGUUGUUACGAUGUCUCAAUAUUCAAUAAACUGCAUUCAAAAAU